AUGGGAGUGAAUUCUAGGGUUGGGGUGGUUAUUAGAGAUAUGUUUGGCAGGGUUAUUGCAGCUCUUUAUAAGUCUCUUCCAUCGCAGUUCCCAGUUGAUUGGACGAAGCUUUAUGCUUUAGAGCAAGGCAUUAUGUUGGUGCAGGAAAUGGAACUCUCCCAAGUCAUCUUUGAAUCAGAUGCUCUCUUGGCUAUCCAUGCUAUUCACCAAGGCAUUAUUGGGGGUGAAGUUGGGCACUUGGUAGAAGGUAUUUUGCAGGCCAAGGCUUCCUUCUCUUGCUCCUCUUUCAAUCACUUGAAAAGGGACUACAACAGGGUUGCUCAUAAGCUUGCUUAG